UUUUCUUUUUCUUUCUUUAUUACUAUCUUUCAAGUAUAUGGACGCAUCUUUGUUUGGAUCUGCAAUAAAUCUCCAACUACUGGGGUUGUAUAAUUUUAGUUUUGGUUGUGAGAAGCAGCUCAUCGUUGCUAUACAAUUGCUUCAAAAAUGCCCCAACCUAUGUGAACUGGGAAUUCUGGCAGAUGAGGAUCUAGAGAUGCUUAAAACAAUCAAGAUUGAAUCAUUUAGUGGAUCCAUAGUCGAAAUGCUUUUUGUGAGAAUGCUGCUUUCAAAAUCCCCUGCACUAGAGAGAGUUAUUAUUUCAAAAUCCUUUGUAGCGGUCAAAAGCCUAAAGGUGUUGUUGCAUUUUCCUCGUGCAUCUCCAAAAGCCCAAAUUGUUUGCAUGGAACACGAACUAUUUGAUUACACAUGGUUUUAACCUUGUAAGAAUUUAGUAUGAUGAAGCUCCAUGGGUUCAGUUUGGAUGCAACCUAUAUAUAGAGUGAAUAUAUUUGGCAAUCAUGAUUUUCUUUUUUCUUAAUUUCCUCAUGGCUGUACUUAAUUUUCAUUUCAUGUUGAGUUGUAGAGAUGUUUAUCUAAUGAGAUAAGAUUUUUGGAGUAUCUUAUU